GAUCGACGACGGCCUUUGACGGGGAAGUUUGCGUGAUCCAGAGUGGAAACCUACCCGACCCCUCGAGUUGAGCUGUCAGCUCGCGGAUACGCUAAGGUCUUAGCCCCGAACGAUUAUUGUCUUGUCGGGAUCCCCUCCCCAACCGCAAGCGACGAUAACAGCUUCUCGGUUACCAACAUUCGACAUGUAUCAGCCCGAAUCUGCAGCGUACAUACCUCUCUCGACGGGAUACGGUAAUGCACACGGACUCCCCGACUACACAUUCGAACAGACAUCAAUAGGUGGUGGAAGUGGUGGUGGUGGUUAUGUUGGUGGUCUCGGGGGUCUUGGUGGUCUUGGAGGAGGUGGAGGCGGCAGUGGUUCAGGUGGAUACACGGUCGGGGGCGGCCCGGGAGCGGCCGUUACAACAGCAGGCGCCGCCGCUGGGUCAGCAUCAAUAGUUGGGGCCGCAGCAGGGGCAAUCUUCAGUCCAGGUCCAGGGCCCAGCAUCAGCGGCAACAGCGUCGGCGGCCCCGCAUCUGGACCCUUAUACACCCACGCCAACUUGUUCCAUUCCCAUCACUCCUCGCACUCGUUACCAUCGCACAACCACGGCGGGCACAACCAACACCACCAACACCAACAGUCGCACAGCCCGCUCUCAUACGUCUCGCAUUCGCUCUCGCCCAGUGCUGGCGGCAGCACAAACCCCUCCUCGCCAGCUUCCAUUUCACAACUUCCACCACAACAACACCAUCACCAACAACAACAGCAAUACCAGCACUCCCAAUUCGAUUCUCAAAUACCGCGGUACCAGCCAUCGUCCUCUAUCCAUCAACAUCACAUCAAAAUGGAAGCAACCGGCGACGAUCACAGCGACCUGGCCGCAGCCCAAGGGUACCAGGAGUACCAGCCUGAGCUCAAUGGUCCUCCUGUUGGCGGCAAAUUACCAAGCACAGCCAUUACAGAAGAAUACGCCAAGGCCGAUCCCGUCUAUGUCCAGAAGACAAGGUCCCUGCCCGCGACAUACUCCCAUUACCGUCCGAUGCUGGGGGAUGGCAACUGCGGUUGGAGAGCUCGGGGCAGCAGCCGGGGCCGAUACCAUACUGCGAGUUUGAGUGCUGACGAGAAGCGCUCUCUAGCAAUCGGCUUUGGCUACUUUGAGACCCUGAUCAAGCUCGGCAACAAGGCCCAGGUGGAUGCUGAGAGAGAGCGUCUGGAGAGUCUUAAUGAGUACAUCCAUCACCACGGUGGCUUUGACCCUAUGGUAUUCGUGGACUUUGUCGAGGAAACGGACGAGCUCCUUAAGAGAGUUUCAAACAAACUCGAUGACCCGGAGGAAGCCAUGAUAGAAAUCAUGGCCGCCUUCAAUGACGUAGGCAUCUCAAACGCCAUCAUCUAUCACCUUCGCCUGCUCGCAAGUUCCUGGCUCAAAGAGAAUCGCGCCAGUCACGAGGCCUUCAUCACUACGGACAGCGGGCUUGACAAGUACUGUCAGCGUGUGAUUGAGGUACCCAAUGUUGAGAUCGAGCAACUGGGCUUGCAGGCACUGGUCAAUGUGCUUCUGAAGCCCAUCGGUUUCGUCUUGAAAAUCGCUUAUCUGGACCGUAGCCCCGGCUCUGAGGUUAACACCUACAGCUUCCCCGAAGAGGCAAUCAGCCAGCCAACGUCCCCUCUCGAUCCCGUCAUCUGCCUACUUUAUCGGCCCGACCACUACGACAUACUUUACCCCGUCGACCCAACACCUCCGCCUGCACCUACCAACAUCCAGGUUUUCCGAGCCACCAUCCCGCAAUACGAAAUCACUUCCGCUCCGCCAUUCACCGCCGCUGGAGAUUACGGCCUCCUUGCCGCGCUACCGGGCUUUAGCUCCUCUCCCUCACCACUCGGGGCGUUGGGCGUCGGACUUGGUUCGCCGCUUGGCUCGCCGCUUGCGCCUUUCACCCAAGCCCCGGCACCAUCUUGGAUGUCUGCCCCUUUCGGAACGGAAUCACUCCAGCCAGUUGCCGCCCCCCUACCGAUCGCCGCAACGGCCCCUCCUCCGCCACCACCACAGCAGACGCAUCCGUUGAGAUUUAGCGAAUACUGCCAGAUGCCGGAGUAUGUCGAGAACGACACGUGGCGCGAACCGACGUUCCAGACAUCGACAUUUAAGAACAGUCAUUUCAACGUCGCGCAUUACAAUAACCCCAACUUCCAACCGGAGGAGUAUAAACCGGAAAAUGACGAGUAUGACCCACCACCAAGGAGUGGGCGGAAGAGAGGGAGUGUAUAG